AUGAAUUCUAGAAGGGACCGUAAUGCUAGAGCUGCUCUGUUUGAUGGUAUAGAGGAAGGUGGUAUAAGGGCUUCAUCUUCAUAUUCCUCUCAUGAAAUUGAUGAGCAAGAGAAUGAUAGGGCAGUUGAUGGAUUGCAAGAUCGAGUUAAUCUACUGAAAAGACUUUCAGGUGAUGUACAUGAGGAGGUUGAGACUCAUAAUCGAAUGUUGGACCGAAUGGGCAAUGACAUGGAUAGUUCAAGAGGAGUUCUAUCCGGAACCAUGGAUAAAUUUAAGAUGGUGUUUGAAACCAAAUCAAGCCGCAGGAUGUUUACGCUCGGAACGUCUUUUGUGGUUAUUUUCCUUGUCGUAUAUUAUCUUAUUAGAUAA